CUUAUAUUAAAGUAUAAAAGUUAUUAUUUUUCUAUUUUUUCUCAUUGUGUGAGCUGCGAGUUGAUCUAAAAAUAUUGGAUAAGUCGCUUACUAGAGACAAUGGACCGUGACCCUGAAGGGCAGCACGUGAUGUCAAUGAGACUGUCAAGAGUUAUGAAAGACAUCGGUGUGACCAAACAGGGAGUCGCCACGAGGAGAAGGAAAAUCCUGACCGUAGAAGAAACGAGUACCUAUAUGUUAAAGAAACUCUUCAACAUAGACUGCGUCACUUUUAUCUUCGGAAGUCAAUCAGAAGGUACAUCAACAUCGGGAAUGAAGUCGGACUUGGAUGUGUUCCAUUGUAUGAUGCAAGUUCACGUUAUUGUUGACUGGGCAGACUGGGAGCCUGGUGAACCUCGUCUGCUUAUGAUAAAGAACGAGCGUUCUCCGCCCCAGCACUGCUGCCUGCAGAUGGUGAGAGAUGACUGUCCACUGCCCGUCACUACGGACAUGAUGCCACCGUCUAAAGAAUAUGAGGAGAUAGACGGCAGAGUGCUGGUGACAAACAUGAUAUCACUUGAUCCUUACAUUAGGAAUAUUAGAAAACAAGGUCCAUCGAGAAGUCAUUUUAUAGGUGUAGAUUGCGUCGUCGCAUUUUAUUGUCAGAGCGUACCAAAAGAAUGUCAGUUCUUAUUCACAAGGCCAAAACCUGGCCACUGGCCGAGACAUGAAAUACUUCAAGAGGCACGCCAGUAUGGAAUAUUUCUAGUCCCACAGGGUCACGCCGAGAGUGAACUGUCAAAACUGGAGUGGAGAUUCUCUACAUCGUUGGUUGAAAGGCUGCUGAUGUUUGACCUAUGUAUUGUUAAAAUACGUGUGUACGUAUUUCUUAAGAUAUUACGUAUGUCUUUCUUUAAACCACUUGUCGGCGAUAGACUCAGCACAUUUCAUUUCAAAACCGCUCUGUUGUUCACUGUGGAGACAUAUCCUCCCGACAUCUGGCAAGAACAUAACCUGCUGCAGUGUGCAAUCUAUUGCCUGCAGACCCUCCAACGAUGGUUUAAACGUCGGUACUGUCCACAUUACACGAUCUCGGGUGUAGACCUAUUCGUGGGAAAACUGAAGAAAUGGGAGCUUCCUCUUUUGUCAGCAUUUCUGUCCGACGUGAUAGACAACAUCAUGAUCUAUGUAUACCAGAUAGAAAUGGACCAGAUAGGAGAUAAAAUGCAAAGCUUCAUUAGAUCCGUGCACGUUAGUCGCGUGCACGUAGAUGCAGUUACAAGGUUCCAAAAAAUCUUAUUAACAGCUAUACCCCGUUUCAAUCGCCUUCAUCGGGCGUGUGGAGUGUUCCAAUUAAUUGGUAAGCAAAGAAAUGGAAAUUCCGUAGAAGGAGCAAUUGUUCAUAGUGUUAAGUUUACACUCCAGUCGUUGGCCACCACGAUGGCUUCCACGUGUUUACGUUUGCCCACGUUGUCCAACAAUUUGAUAUACAUACUCACAUCAGGCAUUGACAUGUGUAUUGAGGGUUCACUGGACUCAGAUCUAACCUCCGGUAGACUGAAGUUGGCCUCCAUGCUGUACUGCACUGAUCAGUAUGAGAGGGCAGAACUGGCGUUGGCUUACACCGAGGGGCUACUUCAUGACGAUGUGUGGCAGUGGUGUCCGUGUAUGAGACGAGCAGAAUCACUCUACACUGAUAGGUUUCUACAGAGGGUUCAUGAUUUACCUGGGUUGGAAGUGAUUCAGUCGCAUGUUGCGGUGAGCGUUGCUUUUGAUUCAAUAGAGUCCGGGUGCCUACCACAGUUCCUAGAGUUUGAAAUGUACAGAACGGUCGGGCAAGAAGAUAAGCAACACAGACAUUCCGAAUUGGACGAUUGGAUGGACCACGCCAUCAUCGACUCCAUCCCAUUCCUGUAUUACCUGCAGUAUCUCACAUACAGACAGCUACGAAAACCAGAGAGAAGAGUGAGAGCGCUUAAGAAGUUGCACACCUAUGUUUUCUUUGAAAGUGGCGGCCGUGGCCACAUCGAGACGGCUCUCAAUGUACUCGGUCACUGCUUUGAAUUGGAAAAUAUGCACAUCGUAGCCUGGGCAUGCUACGCUCGAUCUUUGCGACUCUUUCCAUACAACAACGCAGCCAGAUGGCAUAUCAUGAGACUCCUUCAGCAGGCCGCUGCUCAGAUGUGAUCCACGCAUAAAUACAAUUAUUUGGGGAGGAGAUAAAAAAGUUAACAGUUGACGAUUAAUAUGCAUGUAUACAAAUGCACGCACACAGCGAAAAUAUUAUUAUUUUUUCUACUGACUUUGAUCCUGUGAUUUCCAUUGUAUUUUAAACGUACAUCGUUUUAGUCAAGUUGCAAGUUCGAAAUGUAUACUUUCUGUUUGCUAAAAUUAAUCCAUUUAAUCCAUCUUUGUUAUAUUUUUACAAUUAAAAAUGAAAAACUUC